CCGUGCCUGUAUGCUUCUCUUGCCCGACUAGGACCCCAGGCUUUACUCAAUCCAUGUGGGAUUGCUGCAGGAGCCAGGAGUGCUGCUCCAGCCUGUCCUUACCCUGUGUUUAUCGUGGCUGGCAGGAGGAACAGAGACUCUGGCCUUGGGGACGGACACACGUCCGCGGAAAUGCUCCCUCCAGCCAGGCAUUCCUCCUGCAUAUCACACAAAGGGACCAGGCCGCUCAUUGAGGAGGCCAAGGGUAUAAUUUGGAAGAAAUGAACCAACGUAGCCGUUGUGUGCAUGGCACAGAGCCGCUCAUGCUACACCCGGACUGGGCGGGCAGGUAUUAAAGUCUGGGUGUCUCCGACCCAGGUUUAACCCCGCGGAGCUGCAGGGAGCUGCAGUCUGAACACCCCGACAGCUCCAUCGCAGCGUUUCCCGAGCUCCCCGGGCACUCUCAGCCCGGCGGGCGGAGCCUGCUCCUACCCGGGGACAGAGCCCGCAGGAAUUCCUUCCACCGCACGGGGUUUGCGGGUUGGGCUUUCCCUGAAAGCAGACUUCUUCUGAUGGCACUUUUCUUUAAACUCAUGCACUGAUUGCUCCAGGUCUGGCACUACUCUGACACUUUAUUGGCCGGAAUUUUUACACUCUCAGUGCUGAUCCAGGAGGAACAUCACAGACAACACACUGGGGACGCUGAUAUGAAACUGGGAUGAAGCUGCACCAAAGGAUUGUUAUUACUGAGGAGGAGGAGGAGUCACACAAUCCCUUCACACAUGAAAGACUUGGCUUGAGUUAUUCUUCCGCCUUUCAGGUUUAGCAGAGGAGCGGCUGCAGCAGCCUGGAAAUGACCAUGGAGAAGAUCCUGAAGGCAGAGCUGAACACCAAUCUCCUGAAGGCACUGGGGAGCUCUGGGGGAGGAUGCAUCAGCCAAGGCCAAACGUAUGAGACAGACAGAGGACGGGUAUUUGUGAAAAUCAACCACAAACCUCAGGCUAGAAAAAUGUUUGAAGGGGAAAUGGCAAGUUUGGAAGCCAUUCAGAAAACCAAUAUUGUGAGAGUGCCUCAGCCCAUCAAAGUGAUUGACCUGCCUGGAGGAGGAGCCAUGUUUGCCAUGGAGUACCUAAAGAUGAAGCACCUCAACAAAUACUCUUCAAAGCUGGGAGAGCAGAUAGCAGAACUUCAUCUUUAUAACCAGAAACUUGGAGAGAAGCUGAGGACUGAGGGAAGCACAAUUGGAAAAGGAGCUGGUCACUCCGAGGCCCAGUUUGUGGAUAAGUUUGGAUUCCAUACAGCCACUUGCUGUGGUUACAUCCCACAGGUGAAUGAGUGGCAGAGUGACUGGCCAUCCUUCUUCAUCCGUCACCGACUCCAGGCUCAGCUGGAUUUGAUUGAAAAGGAUUAUGGAGACAGAGAAGCCAGAGAACUCUGGUCACAGCUGAAACCAAAGAUUCCGGAAAUGUUCUGUGAUGUGGAAAUUGUUCCUGCUCUCCUGCACGGGGACCUGUGGGCAGGGAAUGUGGCUGAGGAUGACUCCGGACCGAUUAUCUUUGACCCUGCCUGCUUCUAUGGCCACUCAGAAUUUGAGCUGGCCAUUGCUGGGAUGUUUGGGGGGUUCAGCAGCUCUUUUUUCUCUGCCUAUCACAGUAAAAUACCCAAAGCUCCAGGGUUUGAUAAACGGAACAAGUUGUAUCAGCUCUUUAAUUACAUCAACCACUGGAACCAUUUUGGGACAGGGUACAGGGGCUCUACCCUAAACAUGAUGAGGAAACUUCUGAAGUAACCAGGUACAUUUGAGAAAUUCUGACACAGUCCCCUAGGAAUGAGCAGUCUUUGCUCAUCCCCAGUACCACAAACUCAGAACUGGUGGUAAAACACCUGAUAUGGGGAAGGUUUAAUGCACUUUGAGCCUCACUAACUAAAAGCAAUUGUGUAAUCUUUAACUUGGGCACUGGUUUCCCUGCAGAUUCCUCCCUGCUGGAGGAAAGGGCUGCACUGUUUGUCAAGGCUCCAGUGGCCUGGAAAGCAGCACAGUCAGCCUGCCCUUGCUCCUCUCUCCCCUCUGUGCUGUGCUCCCACAGCUGUUCCACAGCAGCAUCUUCCCAGUGCUGCUGCUGCUCCAGCUGCACUUUGUUAUGGGGAGCUGCAGUUGUGGGACAGAGGUGCUGGAACCAAGUUCUUGUGUCUGCCUUUGUUAGUUCUGGUUUCGUUUUCUGUCUGUUCCCCACCCUUUCCCCAUGAAUAUUUCCAUGGUCUUCUGUUUCCCUUUCCUUUUGCCUGUCAAAUGUCCUAAUCCAAAAUUUCAGUCAGAUUCUGUGAAUCUGAAAACAUUCUCUGUUUAAUUUAAUGAGCAGACAAGGCCCUUUGGCUGCAUUUGGCAAACAGAUGUAAUUAAUA